CGUGACGUGGAGGAGACGCGUCGCGCAGCUUGUGUUUGUUAUUGAUCAAUCGACUUUGUUGUUUGAUUAAUUAAGCCUUCAUCAGUAAAUAUCCUUAUCAACGCCUAAUAUAUACAUUCUCCAAGCCUAACGAUGCCUUUGUGCAUUUAUGACCAGAUUUUGGGCGUCCCCAGUGUUUUGAUGGGAAAGAGCGUGUGUUGAGCAGUCACAAGAGGUUGAAUAUAUAUAAUGGGUUUAUUUGGGAGCCGGUUCCAGUCGACCCCGCGGGCCCCAGAGGACGCGGCGGAGAGGCAGUGCGCGGGAACCCGACACCGGUGCGAGUGCAGGAAGAGAAAACGCAGCUCGCGCUGUGAGUGUGACAGCGAGCCGGAAGAAGAGGACAGUCAGCUGGACACACCACGCAGGAAGAAAUUGAAAAGUACCUCCAAGUACAUCUACCAGACGCUUUUCCUGAAUGGAGAAAACAGCGACAUCAAAAUCUGUGCCCUUGGCCAGGAGUGGAAACUACACAAGAUUUACCUGUGUCAGUCUGGAUAUUUCUCCAGCAUGUUCAGUGGGUCCUGGAAAGAAUCCAACAUGAUGGUUAUCGAGGUGGAGAUUCCGGAUCUGAAUAUUGACACGGAGGCCUUGCAAGUGGUUUUUGGGUCACUUUACCGGGAUGACGUAUUGAUCAAACCAAGCCGGGUUGUUAAUAUUCUCGCUGCUGCUUGUAUGCUUCAGCUUGAUGGACUGAUUCACCAGUGCGGAGAAACCAUGAAGGAGAAUGUGAACGUCAAAACUGUGUGCAGCUAUUAUAACUCGGCCACCAUGUAUGGCUUGGACUCCGUCAUGAAGAAGUGUUUAGAGUGGCUCCUCAAUAACCUCAUGACUCAUCAGAAUGUGGACCUCAUGAAGGAGCUCGGGGUGGAAAUUAUGGAACAACUCAUUCAGUCCUAUGAUCUGUUUGUAAUGCAAGUAGAGAUGGACGUCUACACUGCACUGAAGAAGUGGAUGUUCUUACAGCUUAACCCAUCUUGGGACGGCCCUAUUAAACAGCUUCUGCUUGAUGCAGAUGCCUGGCUUUGUAAAAGGAGAAGUGAGUCUGGAGACGACGAGCCAUUCCUCAACACAGAUGACGGGAUGACAUUCGUCCCUGUUUUCAGACACGUCCGUCUGCAGUACAUCAUCAAUGACCUGGCCUCAGCCCGCAUGCUGGAACGGGAUAACAUCGUGCCUCCUGAGUGGCUGAAGAAUGUGUACAAACAGCAAUGGUUUUCCAUGCUGAGAACAGAACAUGAUAAUGAUAAUGGGCCCCAAGAAGCCAACAAAGAAGAGUUUGAGCUGAACAGCAUGCGCUGCGGCAGAAAGCUGACCAAAGAUGGAGACUACUGUUGGCGAUGGACUGGGUUUAAUUAUGGGUUUGACCUGCUGGUGACAUACACUAACCGUUUCAUUAUAUUUAAAAGAAACACACUCAGUCAGCCAUGUGGGGGCGCUGUCAGUUUACAACCACGUCGACAUCUUGCAUACAGAUUGCGUCUUGCAUCAUUUGACAACAGUGGAAAAGUAGUUUGCAGCCGCUCAACUGGCUACCAGCUGGUUACGCUUGAAAAGGACCAGGAGUACGUGGUGAUGAAUCUGGACAGUCGGCUCUUGUCCUUUCCUCUUUAUGUGUGCUGUAACUUCCUCUACACAUCUCCAGCCAAUGAGAGGAGAGGUGACGCAUCAGAGCUCAUGACCUCACCCACAUCACCCAAGCAGUCCAGUCUUUAACCGAGACUUACUGUUUUAGGUGUUCAUUUUUGGUUCACUUCUUAUUUUUUAUUUCAUUCAUUCAUUUGUAAAUAGUCAGGUGCCUUUUAAAUAAUUUGCUGUGUUUCAAUAUCAAAGAGCCAAAUCUUAUCAUACGUGCUCUUUGUUGUCAAUUUCAUUCUGCCCAUUUUAUUUUGCCUGAAGUUGUUUUAUAUGUACAAAGUUUUCAUUUGUCAUUUUUCUUGUAAUAAGGCUGGUUGUUGAUUUUUCAGGGAUUCCCAUUUUUUUUAUCAAAAAGGAAAAAGUACCAUCAAAUGAAUUUUCUACUGUAUACAAUAGUUUUGGUGCUAAAUUCAUACAGUAUAUGUCAUUUUCAUGUCAAUGCAUGCCAAUGUACAAACAUCACUGUUGGUUUUGACCAGCAGGGCACUUUAUGUGACCUUUACAGAUGUCCAGUGUAACAGUACGGUUAUUAAUACACAAUGAGGUGUUUUUGGCUAAAUGUAAAACCUUGUGGACCAAAGCAGCAUCGGUUAGAAGUCUUCAAGUUCAAUAAAACAACACUGACACAUGAACAUUGUCUUUGAAAUGGAAAGGGUGUACAGUCAAGUGACUGUAACAUAAGGAUAAUUGGGAUAAUGGUCAGUUACAUUGUUAAGCUGUCAAAGAUGAUUGAACUAGUUUAAUAUAAAAUAUAUAUUUAAUAAAUAUUUAAAUUGUAAUAAAGAAUUUCAAAAAGUA